GAAAGCAUUUGCAGACAAGGUGUUCGUGGAAAGGCUUCUCCCAGUACCUUCAAAUCUUCAAAUGUAGGUGUCCUUUCGCUUUCCGGUCUGCAAAUUUACAAAAACCAACGAAGAACGAUAUCAUUUCCCGGAGGUCUAAUGGCUGGAAUGGCGAGAUUUAGGGUUUCUAGGAUACUCGGGAUACCUGCUAGCAAUGUCCUAGAACAGAGGCACCAUUUCUUCCUUUUGUAUGACUAUAGCUCCAGGACCUCCACCGGGUUUAGCUACGCCACCGCUGCUGCUAAAGCGGCGGACCCGAGCGGUCACCAGUUUUUGGUGGAUUUCCUGACAAGCUCACUCAACUUCUCCAGAAAUGACGCCGUCUCUGCCGCUGCAAAGGUACCCUCCUUCAAAUCUCAAACAAGACCCGCAUUGGUUGUGGAUUAUCUGAAACGGGUAGGAAUGGAUCCUGCCCAUAUCAAGAAUGCGGUUUACAGGUGCCCAAAAUUGCUGUUUUUGGACCCCGAGCGAACCAUAAGCCCCAAAAUCAAAUGCCUCCAAGAAUUCGGUAUACCUGAGUGUGAUCUUGUUAGACUUAUUGUUAGAGAUGGCUUGAUUUUGUGUAGAGGGUUAGAGAGUCAUCUCAAACCUGUCUUAAAGUUUCUCAGGGAAGCUGCGGGCAGUGAUGAAAAUUAUUUAAAAGCAUUUAGGAGAUGUUCUUGGUUGCUCUCGUUUGGUAACCACACACGGAUGGAGAAAAAUAUACUGCUGCUUCAGAACUUUGGGCUUUCAAAGAAGCAGCUCAAACGGAUGAUCAUCACAAGACCAUGUUACUUAACUACCAAUACGGAUUGGGUUAAAAAGAUCUUAAUCAGAGUAGAAAAGGAAUUUGGGAUUCCCAGAAACUCUCCAAUGUUCCCCAGUGGAAUGUUUGUGGCCACUGCACUGAGCGAGACGACUGUGGAGAAGAAAUUUGAAGUCUUUAGGAGCUUUGGUUGGACCGAUUUGGAAAUUUCAGGCAUUGUGAAAAGACAACCUCAUUGUUUAACACUGUCAGAGGAUAGGUUGAAGAAAGGACUGUGUUUUUUAAUGAAUGAACUUGGGUAUGGUCCCGACUACCUGACUCUUCGCCCAAAGCUUUUAAUGUCUAGUUUGGAGAAGAGGACCAUCCCCAGGAGUCAAGUGCUGAAAAUUCUUAAAGAAAACAACCUGAGAACAUCCACACUCUCUACCACCAUUUCAUGGUCUAAUUCGAAGUUUUCUGAGAUUUAUCUGAUGCCAUACAAGGACAAGCUACCCGGUAUUCAGAAAUACAUUACAAUUAUGACAAUGUAGAGCACAUUGUGUUUUGUUCAUUGAUGCAAUCUGUUUCUUUCAAUAUUAAUAGCUUCUUAUGUGUUGUUGGGAUGAACAAUGUUUUUGCUCAUUUAAAUUUGAGUUGCUGAAAUGCUCUUGAAAUUUGGCAAAUUGGCAUAUAUGGAGCAAAUUAAAAUUUUCUACAGAGUUUGCAUUAUGUCUUUGAUAUUCAUGCAAUCUGAUCAUCAGUUGGAGUUGGUCGCAACAACUCAUUAAUCUUGUUCUUGAUUUUGGGCUUUGAAGUAUCAAUAUCUUUUUAAAUCUGAUUAACCAGUUCUACUAGUCUACCAUUCUACACUGUCUCUUAGAUAAACUCUAAUUAACUGCUAGGACCGUG